AGUCCUGCGGGGAAGUAGAGCUGGUGGCAAGGAGACUCCGGGGGUCGCGGCGGGAGCCUGGAAGUGUGUGAAUUUCCCUGACAUCCGGAUCGCGAGCGGAGUCGGCUUGUCCCGCAGAGGGCUCCCGGGACAGGGCAGGAUUCUAGCGGUUUUGUUUUCGUUUUUAAGGGGAGGGGGUGUAAGGGAGGAGGAGAAUGGACAGAAUACUGACUGGAACGUUAAUUGGAGCAUUUCAGAUGUGAAGAGUAGAGUAGAUUCAUACUCUUCUUUCUUCAGUUGCUCCAUCAGUCUAACUUCAUUUUUGAAUUCUCAACUUUGAAACCGGCCAGAGUGUUUGGCAGAAUUUGACCGAAUUCAGGUGUGAGGGUUUGAUCCAGUAUAAGUGCCUUUUAAUUAGGGCACGCAAUUCAACCACUGUUGACGAUGGGAUUCCUGAAGACCUGUGUACUUAGAAGAAAUGCAUGCACCGCGGUUUGCUUCUGGAGAAGACAAGUUGUACAAAAGCCUUCAGUUAGAAAGAUUAGUACUACCUCUCCAAGGAGCACUGUCAUGCCCGCUUGGGUGAUAGAUAAAUAUGGGAGUAAUGAAGUGCUUCGAUUUACUCAGAACAUGAUGAUACCAAUGAUACACUACCCAAAUGAAGUCAUUAUCAAAGUUCACGCUGCGAGUAUAAAUCCUAUAGAUGUUAAUAUGAGAAGUGGCUAUGGAGCUACAGCUUUAAAUAUGAAACGUGAUCCUUUACAUAUUAAAAUCAAAGGAGAAGAAUUUCCCCUGACUCUGGGCCGGGAUGUGUCUGGUGUGGUGAUGGAGUGUGGACUUGAUGUGAGGUACUUCAAGCCUGGCGAUGAGGUCUGGGCUGCAGUUCCUCCCUGGAAGCAAGGCACUCUCUCAGAGUUUGUUGUAGUCAGUGGGAAUGAGGUCUCUCACAAGCCCAAAUCACUCACUCAUACUCAAGCUGCCUCUCUGCCAUAUGUGGCCCUCACAGCCUGGUCUGCCAUAAACAAGAUUGGUGGCCUGAAUGAUAAGAAUUGCACAGGAAAACGUGUUUUAAUCUUGGGUGCUUCAGGCGGAGUUGGUACUUUUGCUAUACAGGUAAUGAAAGCGUGGGAUGCUCAUGUGACAGCAGUUUGCUCUCAGGAUGCCAGUGAACUUGUAAGGAAGCUUGGGGCAGAUGAUGUAAUUGAUUACAAAUCCGGAAAUAUGGAAGAGCAGUUGAAAUAUUUAAAGCCGUUUGAUUUUAUCCUCGACAGUGUUGGUGGAUCCACCGAAACAUGGGCUCUAAAGUUUCUCAAGAAGUGGUCAGGAGCCACGUAUGUGACUUUGGUGACUCCUUUCCUCCUGAACAUGGACCGGUUGGGCAUAGCGGAUGGCAUGUUGCAGACAGGCGUCACCGUGGGCUCUAAGACAUUGAAGCAUUUCUGGCAAGGAGUCCAUUAUCGCUGGGCUUUUUUCAUGGCCAGUGGUCCAUAUCUAGAUGACAUUGCAGAACUGGUGGAUGCGGGAAAGAUUCAGCCAGUUAUUGAGAAAACCUUUCCGUUUUCUAAAGUUCCAGAAGCCUUCCUGAAGGUAGAAAGAGGACACGCACGAGGAAAGACCGUCGUCAGUGUCGUUUAAAUAAACACUCGGUUUGGUG